UUCUACAUUACAAUACUCCACAGCGCAGCUUUUUUAGUUCUUCGGUUCUUACCGAGAAUCUGCGGAAAAAAAAAAAAAAAAAUCCAACCGCGCUUGCGUGGCGUAAUGAGCAGAAAUUGGAGCUUCAACCUCAGACUCCCACCGCUUAAGCUCACAGCGACAACAAUCGAUUAUUUCCGAAGCCAAACGCAACCGAAAGUUUGAGUCAGAACUCUAACCCACACAAUGCCGAAGGAGGAGCGCCCACACGACACGUUAACGGCGAAGAUGAAAGCGCUUCUUGCGUUGUACGAGAAGCACAAGCAGAAGCACGGCGCUGCCGCGUUAAUUCCUCCCAAGAACCCUUCUUUGAAGGCAAACGAGACGCGCAUUCUCGUCUUCGUGAGGGUGAGGCCGUUGGCGAAGAAGGAAACGGAAGCGGGUUCACGGUGCUGCGUCAGAGUCGUCGAUCGCCGUGACGUCUUUCUGACGGAGUUUGCCUCCGAGAAGGAUUACCUCCGCUUGAAGAGGCUUCGCGGUCGCCAUUUCGCCUUCGAUGCUUCCUUUCCCGAUUCGGCUUCUCAACAAGAAGUUUAUUCCACCACAACCUCAGAACUUGUGGAGGCAGUUCUGCAAGGGAGGAAUGGGUCAGUUUUCUGUUAUGGUGCCACUGGAGCUGGAAAAACUUACACAAUGCUUGGUACAGUGGAGAGUCCUGGUGUGAUGGUGUUGGCAAUUAAGGAUCUGUUCAGUAAAAUCAGGAUGAGAAGUUGUGACGGAAACCAUGUGGUUCAUCUGUCCUAUCUUGAGGUUUAUAAUGAAACUGUCAGGGAUUUGCUUUCACCUGGAAGACCUCUGAUUCUCAGAGAAGAUAAACAGGGGAUUAUUGCAGCUGGUCUUACACAAUACCGAGCUUAUUCCACUGAUGAAGUGAUGAUAUUGCUUCAACAAGGAAAUAAGAACAGAACCACAGAACCAACUCGUGCAAAUGAAACAUCUUCACGCUCCCAUGCUAUUUUGCAGGUUGUGGUUGAGUACCAAGUUAAAGAUGCUGCAAUGAAUAUUAUUAACAAAAUCGGCAAGCUCUCACUGAUUGAUCUUGCAGGGUCAGAGAGAGCUCUUGCCACAGAUCAAAGAACAGUUAGAUCUCUUGAAGGUGCCAAUAUAAACCGGUCUCUCCUGGCACUAAGCAGCUGCAUUAAUGCUCUUGUAGAAGGCAAGAAACACAUACCAUACAGAAAUUCAAAACUCACUCAACUUCUCAAGGACUCAUUAGGAGGAACUUGCAACACUGUCAUGAUUGCAAAUAUAAGCCCAAGUAACCUCUCAUUUGGUGAAACUCAGAACACCCUUCAUUGGGCUGAUAGGGCCAAGGAGAUUCGAACAAAGGCAACUAAUGCAAAUGAGGAUCUAUUGUCAGUACCUGAGACGGAAACAGACCGGGCCAAGCUAGUACUCGAUCUGCAAAAGGAGAAUUGUGAAUUGCGAAUGCAGCUAGCACGGCAGCACCAGAAGCUUAUGACACUCCAAGCAGAGUCUCUAGCCCCCCCAACACCACCUUCAGCUACAUCUCUUCUUUCCACUCCUCCAACUUCUGCCCGACCAAAUGAAAAACUAAGGACCAGAUCCUCUUUCAUAGCCGCAACUGAGACCAAAAGCAAGGGAGAUGAGGUGGCUGUCACAAUCAGAACAAUUCAACAAAGAGUAAAAGCCUUGGAGGCAGAACUAGAGAAAGUGAAAAAGAAUCACAGCUUGCAGCUAAAGCAGAAAGAUGAUGUCAUUCGUGAGCUUUCACAAAAGGGUGGGAAAAAAGUGGUAGCAGCAAGGGCUAGUCUACGGCCAAAAGUGGCAAACACCGGAGAAUUGAAGAGUCCUAGCCAUCGAUUUCGGUCACCAGUAUCAACUGCGAAGAAACGAAGCUUUUGGGACAUAACGGCUGCGAAUAGCCCAUCAGUUACCACAUUGAAUGGGAGAAAAACUAGAAGUCAUGUUAUUUCUGAACCUACUGCACCUUCAUCUAUGCUUCUUCAGCCUGGAUUUGCUAGACAAAAGGGCGUUAUUUAAAAGUGAUCUUCAAGAAUGGAGCUAGAAGGGAAAGUUUAAGGACAGAAGCCCAAUUGAUAGAAGGUCUGUUUGUUUUUAUUUAUCUAGACCUUGACACCUCCUCAACUUCUGUCUGGUGGCCCAAUACGAAAGAGAUCAUUGCAGGUUGGUGUGCUCCUCCUACUUCCAUCUAAUCUCCGCUCGUGCAAUUCAGUUAUAGGAAUAGGAGGAUAGUUUCUUUAGGCCUAGUAAGCAGCAGACCAGUGUGCUGUUUUACAUGCUUCAUUGAAACUUUUGGAGGAAACUCCAAUUGUAUUUGUACAUCCAUUUUUUCCAUUUUUUUUUUAUCAAUGGGACAUAAUUUUUUAAUUUGAGUUUGUAAACUAACGCCCCAGCUAAAAAUAAGUUCAUGGGUGAGCAGGAGAGGAUUAAAUU